UACUUUGUUAGACAACUUUCUGUGAAUUUUUUUGUUGUUUAUUGCUGAGUUCACUCUCAAAGCAUGUAUGUAAUCUUUGAUUAGCUUUAACUUGGUUCUGCAUUCUCUCUUGAGCCCCACUUGUUCUCGAUUCGCCUGAUAUUUUAGUUAAAAUUAAAUGACGCGAGUUUGUGAUUGUUAGUGAAUGAUUUCAAAAUGUAUUUGGUGGGUUAAGCAGGAUCAUUUCUGAUUAUCACUCUUUGUGUCGUAAUAGUACUAAUCGCUUACGACUUGUUUUCACGCUCUAGGACACGAUUUAGAUUCUGUGGGCGUUUCAGUAGCCACUUGAGAAGAAACUUAGUGAACUAGGAUCAAGGAUGGAUCAAUUGAUUCCAGGAGAACAAGACAUCGAAGCUGGUCUAGCUCACGUUACGCAACAAUCCUCAUCAGAUACUGUUGAAGUGCUGAACUUUGGUGCGUCUGAAAAGAUUGAUGACGAUGCUGAUGAUCUAAACUAUCCCCUAAUUGGAAACGAGAAUCCAACUGAAACAACAAGCAGUAAACGCAAUGAUAUUGUUAAAGUUAAGAAGUCGAGAAAGGCGGCUUCGAAGCCACCUAGGCCCCCUAAAGGCCCUUCUUUCACUGCAAAUGACCAUAAGGUGAUGAAGGAAAUCGCAGAGCUCGCUAUGCGAAAACGCGCAAGGAUCGAAAGGAUGAAAAAUUCCCUGAGAAGAAUUAAAGCAGCCAAGUCUUCAUCAUCAUCAUCCCCUUAUUCAUGCAUUAGCAUCUUCUCGGUGGUAGUAACGGCUCUGUUCUUCGGCUUUCUACUCUUUCAAGGAUUGUUUGCAGGCAAUAUGACUAUGAGUUCAGACAACUCGCCUGCGCCAACUGGUUCACCUAACAACCAACUGAUCUCAGUUCAGUUCUACAAUGAUUUUGCUCCCGUUGAGCAAACCGAUCCCAGUCCAGCCACCUCGUACAGAUACACGAGGAAGCGAGUUUCGGGUGCAGAAGAAGACUAGAGAGUUGUCAUAUGUCACCACCAGAAGAGUUUUCUGUGUUUGGUCUCGAUUAGUCUCCUUUGGUUCAAGUUUUGUUCCCCCCCCCCUUGUAUAUUUGUGUUGUAACUGUCCUAACUGUCUCUUUACUGAGGUUAGAUCUUCUAAACGACUGCGUUUUAAAAUAAUGUAAGUUGAACCAUCAAACUUAGCUUCUACGUUCUAAAUAAUGAUGAUGAUGUAAGUUGGACCCA